CAGCCCAGUCUGGCCGAGGACCCAAAGGCUGCCGCUGCUGAAACGAUGGCGGCGCUGCGGGGACCUGCCGGGUUCUUCCGGUGGCGCUUGCGGGUCGUGCCAGGAGGGGCGCGGGGCGCAGCAGGGCAGCAAUGCUACGACCUCCUGGUGAUUGGCGGAGGAUCCGGCGGCCUGGCCUGUGCCAAGGAAGCCGCCCAGCUGGGGAAGAAGGUGGCUGUGGUGGACUAUGUGAGCCCUUCGCCCCGAGGCACCAGGUGGGGCCUCGGUGGCACCUGCGUGAAUGUUGGCUGCAUCCCCAAGAAGCUGAUGCACCAGGCAGCCCUGCUGGGGGGCGUGAUCCGCGAUGCCCCCCACUACGGCUGGGAGGUGGCCCAGCCAGCCCUGCACAGCUGGAGGAAAAUGGCAGAAGCUGUUCAAAACCAUGUGAAGUCCCUGAACUGGGGGCACCGGGUCCAGCUACAGGACAGAAAGGUCAAGUACUUUAACUUCAAGGCCAGCUUUGUCAACAAGCACACAGUUUGCGGGGUCUUGAAAGGUGGAAAAGAGAUUCUGCUUUCAGCCGAGCACAUUGUCAUCGCUACUGGAGGGCGACCGAGGUAUCCUGCACAUAUCGAAGGUGCUGUGGAAUAUGGAAUUACGAGUGAUGACAUCUUCUGGCUGAAGGAAUCCCCUGGAAAAACGUUGGUGGUCGGGGCCAGCUACGUGGCCCUGGAGUGUGCUGGCUUCCUCACCGGGCUCGGCCUUGAUGCCACCAUCAUGAUACGCAGCAUCCCUCUCCGAGCCUUUGACCAGCAAAUGGCUUCCUUGAUCAUCGAGCACAUGGCGGUUCAUGGCACCCGGAUUCUGAAGGGCUGCAUGCCCUUGAGAGUGGAGAAGCUCCCAGACGGCCAGCUCCAGGUGACCUGGGUGGACCUGGCCUCAGACAGGAAGGACAUGGGCACCUUUGACACCGUCCUUUGGGCCACAGGUGUCUCAGAUAAUAGGCUGGGAACUCGCAGCGAGGAGGAUUUCCUGUCUGCAGAUGUGCCGAUUACGGUGCUGAGUGAAGACAGUCAGCCUGCCUGCCGCAGGCUCGAAUUCGCCCCACAGUUAACCAGUUGUGGCCUGGAUCGGCUGGGGAGCAGGAGCAGGCUGCUCUGAGCCGACACCCUGGAGCAAGCUCUCAGCUGGGCCAUUUCCUUGUGUUUUGAAGAACAGCGGGGUGCCGUUGGCUUGAGCCUUAGAGACCAGGAGCUGACCCAGCCGUGGGCCUCAGGAUCUCCAGCCUCUUUCCAGGGAAGAUGAGGGCUGAAGCACGUCCAUCCGGGGCCAUGGGAGCCCACCCACUGUUGGAGGAGCCCAGGUGGCUGUUGUUCCUGGGGCCGGAGGGCCUGCCUCACGGCAAGCAGGGGAGUCAGCCCCUGAAGCCACUUCUUCUUCUUCAGGCUCUGUCUUAGCAAAGAGCUGUGGCCAGUCACCUGUAUGCAUCCACCGCACGGCCACAUCUGAGCCUCUAACAUGGGCGAAGGGAGCCAGUGACCCCCAUGAAGAAGCCCCCACCAUGAGCCACUCUGAGCACAGUCCUCACACUUGUGACACGUGGAGCCACCAGAGUGGAUCCCUGCCCAGCCACCCGCCAGCCUCCCAGCACCCACGCUGCGUGUGUAAGCACAGUCUGCGCCCGCCCUGUCACACUCCUGCUAGCACUUAAAUCUUCCUCGUUACAUGGAUCCCCUGCUCCUCAGAACAUGUGCUCCAGGGAGGCAUGAAAUUGGAGGGAAUGCCCAUCUUCUUGUCACCAGAUGAAGGGGCACAUGAAACGGUGUGUCUGGUCGUCUGUAUCCCAUGUGUGGCAGAGCAGGGAGUAAUGACCAGCGGCCACCCUCUGGGGCCUUCAGCUUCUUCAGGUGGCCAGAGUGUGGUGGCCAGGCCGUCUGGGGUUAGGGGCAGCAGCUGGCAGGGCUCCCAGGGGCAGCAGAGGAGGGCUGGCCUGGGCCUCGGCUGAGCGCUGCCUCUGGCACCACUUCAGGACCCUGGGUGUCAUGGGUAGUCAGUGUUGGGUGGGCUGGCCUGGCUCCGAGGUGCGAGGGGCCACACGGUCCCUCAGAGGGACUCUAGCCAGUAGCCAAGCCAGAUGUCAGGGCAGCUCCAAGGAGAAGCCAGGCAUCUGCCUGUAUCUGGAUUUUAGUGCCCUUGGCAUUUGUAGUAAAUGCAGAGGGGAGUCGUGCAUGAUGAGAAGGUCCUACGCAACAGGAAAAUCAUAAAGAUGCGUCUAAAUAAAUGAAAAGAGCAGGGCCAGCCAUUCUCAAGAGGAAAUACAGCUAAUUAAUACCUGGCCCAAAAAACACUGCAUUUUACUAGUAGUCAAAGAAGUGCAGGUGAAGUCAGCACAGCCUCCACCCCCACCCCCAUGUACCCGCGCAAAGGAACAGAGCCCAGUGAGGAGGUGGCCCUGCCUGAGCCUGAAGCCCCACCUGGGGAACCAGCCACCUCUCACCCUGUGGGCCUAACUGUCCCACCCAGUGGAGCCACUUGUCCAACAACCACCCCUGCCCCUUGCCAUGCUGGAGUGAGGACCAUGUCCUAGACAGGACUGGAUGUGACCAUGACACACAGGGUAACCAGGAGAGCUGCCUGUGCACGGGUGCAGGAAGACUCAGGAGAUGGCAGGCCUCACCCAAGGCCCAGCUCCCAGCCUCAGGUACCCGCUGCCCUCAGGCCUCUGCCUGCUGUGGCCCCUCCCUUCCCUCACUAUUCCUUCUGGAAGUGUCAGUGGAGUGCCUGCUGCCUGCAGCCUGUUCUUUGCUGUACUACCUGCCCCUCAUCCAUUUAUUGUUUGUACCAGUGGCCUGGCUCGACAUUCCACAUACUUUCCAAGUUCACGUCCUAAAAAAUCCCGGCUUCAAGAUGGACUACAGAGGCCACUUAAUUCAGGCAUAUGUUACCGUCUCCUGUUACUGCUUUCAAAUUUAUCUUUAUUUUCUUCGGGACCUGGGAUGUGGUUUGCUGGCAUCUGAGAGCUGUGUGGUUACCAUGGUUACCUCCAGGCGCAGGGGAAAGCACUCGACCUCCUGUGACCAGCCAGGCGGGAGUGCAGGGGGGGGCUCAUGACAGCCUGGCCGGCGUCAGAACAGGCCAGUCCCAGGCUGCCAGCCUUGCCCUCGGACCCUCUCACCCAGAGCAGCCCCAGGAGGCAGAGGGCCCAGGGGCUGAGCUGUGAGCCCUGCCCGAGGGACACCAUCAAGCACCCAGCAGAGGCCCUCCAGUCCCCCCCAUGGGGCCAGCUCCUUCCUCACUGGAAGCAGGGCCCAGCCCCCCGCCCCCCCCAGGAGCCAUCGUGGCAGGACACUGGCCAGGAGGCAGGUCCCACUCAGGAUGCUCACAGGUCUCCAUGAUGACAGUGCUGUCAGCAGGUGGGGCACCUCAGGGCCUUGUGCUGCCCAUGCCUGGCCUGACAGUGAAGGGGCAGCCCCAGCAUGCAAUCCCUGGAGCCUAGCAGAGGCUGGAGCUGGGAGCCCCAGAAGUGGCUUAGCUGAGCCUGUGUUUGGACUUCCUGCUAGGAGAGCUGCUGGACUUAGGGCUCCCUUCCAUCUCCCGAUGCACCACCCGCCGCCUGCUGGGGUCUGAGCUGUGAAAGCACUGUGGACGGUGCCCACGAAGCUGUCCAUCCCUGCCAUGGAGAUCACCCUGAGCCCCUGGGGGCCCUGAGGGAGCUGUCCGCUGACUCCCUGAUCAGGCAGGAAGAGCGGCCUUUGCUGCACCCAGCUUGGCGAGGGUGCAUUGUCUGAGUGGGAGAGAGGGGGGAGAGGGUUUGAUGAGGGCUGUGGCUAGUGCUGAUGAGGCUGCUGUGCACACCCCAGGCCUGCCCUCUGGCCCCUUCCAGCCUUCCCUAGUGCACUGGCCCCCUGCCCUGAGGUCUCAAAGCUGGGGCUGCAGGGGGCUGGCUUGCACGGGGUGGGUUCAUGCAUGCUCUCUGCCUCCUCUGGUUGGCUCACCCCUCCACGGGGCCAAAAGGACGUCCACUGACAGGCUGUGAGGACACAAGGCCACCGCCUGUUGUGCAUAUGUGGACUGGGGGCAGGUAGGAGGUAAACCCAACAUGGAGCUCUGUCCUGCCCUGCAUGAGCCCAGAUAGGCCAUGUGAGAGGCUGUGUGCUCACCCAGGCCCACGAUGCCCACCAGGAACAUAGGCAUGGGAUGGGGCCAGUGGCCAUGAGGCCUGGUCCUGUGUUCCAUUCCCCUUAGGCUGAUGCCUUUAGAGGUUGUGCAGCCCUGUCGAGCUAUGUCUAUGGCCACACUGCUCCUAUCACUCUGCCUUGUGGCCUGGGCCCUGGAUCCCUGGAGCGUGGCCCCUUCAGUGGGAGAGGUUUAGGGGUCACAGUCUGGGGCCAGGGGCACAUGGCCCUUGAGCAGCUGCUGCUUCUCUACCUUUUCUGUGCUCAGAGCCAGGAACCUUGUAGUUUUU